CCUCCCUUUCAACGGAAAAUCACAGGCUUUUACUGGACCAUAAUCUCGUGCUUGCUAGCUGCUUCGGAUGGCUGUGAGCGUAGCCAUUUCUUCUUUUGGCUGUUUAUCGGCGGAGCAUUGCAUGCGCAAUUCUAGAGGGAGAUUGUUUGGGAGUGCGAUCUGAAGCUUGUUUGGAGGAAUAAUUCUGGUUUUGAGUUGAACGGAGUAGAAGAAGAAGAAGAGUAGAAACCGGAGUUUUCGUACUGUCGUCGUUUAGUUCCUUAUGGAGGUGGCACUUCAAGCACAAGUGUCGGGGAGUUGGAGGAGCACGAAUUUGAGUGAGGCACAAGCGGGGAGUUUGAAGUUCAGACUCAUUCAUGGAAAUAGAGCAUCGUCUACUAUUCCUACUUCACUGUCUCCCUUAUGGUUCAGAGGGCAUCUUGUAGCCGGGAGGUCGUUCAGAAUUGUUGCCUGUGCCCGUCAUUCAGAUUCUUCAAGGAGGAGAUCUAGGAAAAUGUCAACAGCGAGACUUGAAAGCUCUGCACCAAAGGGAUUCAAACCCAAAGUUCCUGUUGGAGCAAGCAGCCCUAAAAGAGAUCAGAGUCGAGAUGAAGAGAAACAAGGCUCUGCAACGCUAAAAUCUAGUACACCCACAGAGCCCAAUCAGAAAGCACUUAAAUUGAAGGUAGGGGAUGAGGAGGACUUAGCAGCUAAAAAGAACGAUGCAGAAGUUAAAGGAUCUUUGACAAGUAAAUCUACUUCUGUUGGUGAAAAUACUGCAGCAAUAGACAAUGGAAUGGCAGGUAGGUUAAGUGGGAUAGGAAAAAGAUCACUGGAGAAAGGAGAGGAGAAUGAACCAGGUGAAACAUUUUCAGAUGUCCUAGAUAACUUUGCGGAAGAUGAACCCCUCGAGACAGAAGCAAAUUUAGCUGAGGAAGAAUCUUUAAAGCUAAAAUUGGAGAUGGAAGCAAAAGCAAAGAGACAGGAAAUUGAGAGACUGGCUAAGGAAAACUUUUUCGGUGGAAAUCAAGUGUUCGUUUUUCCUCCAGUUGUUAAACCUGAUCAAAAUAUAGAAUUGUUCUUUAAUAGGAGUCUUUCCAUUCUGAAUGGAGAGCCAGAUGUUUUGGUCAUGGGAGCAUUCAAUGACUGGAAUUGGAAAUCUUUCACAAUGAGGCUAAACAAAGCAAAUCUAGAUGGGGAUUGGUGGUCUUGUCAGAUUCAUGUUCCCAAAGAGGCUUACAAGAUAGACUUCGUCUUCUUUAAUGGUAAAGAUGUCUAUGAAAAUAAUAAUGGAAAGGAUUUCUGCAUAUUUGUGGAAGGCGGAAUGGAUGCCUCUACGUUUGAAGAUUUAUUAUUGGAGGAGAAACGUAAAGAACUGGAAAGAGUUGCAAAAGAGAGGGCUGAAAGGGAAAGACAAGAAGAAGAGACGAGGCGAAUAGAAGCUGAGAAGGUUGCUAGUGAAGCUGACCGAGCCCAGGCGAAGGCAGAGACUGAAAAAAGAAGAGAGAUGGUAAAACAGCUUUCAAAAAUGGCAGUGAAAUCUGUUGAUAAUGUUUGGUUCAUUAAACCUGCUGAGUUUAAAGGUGGAGACUCAGUCAGGUUAUACUAUAAUAAAAAAUCAGGUCCUCUGGCUCAUGCAAAAGAGCUUUGGAUUCAUGGUGGGCGUAAUAAUUGGACAGAUGGAUUAUCCAUUAUUGAAAGGCUUGUCUUUGCUGAGAUAAAAGACGGUUGUGAUUGGUGGUAUGCUGAUGUAAUAGUACCUGACCGAGCCAUUGUUCUGGAUUGGGUUCUUGCUGAUGGACCACCAAAAAAGGCAAAUAUUUAUGAUAACAACAAACAUCUUGAUUUCCAUGCCAUUGUUCCAAAAGUCAUUUCUGAGGAGCUUUACUGGGCUGAGGAAGAACAUCAGAUUUAUAGGAAACUUCAGGAAGAGAGAAGAUUAAGGGAGGAGGCUGCUCGUGCCAAGGCUGAAGAAACUGCCCGUAUGAAAUCUGAGACAAAGGAAAGAACCAUGAAAAACUUUUUGUUGUCACAGAAGCACAUAGUGUUUACUGAUCCUCUUGAGGUUCAAGCAGGAAGCACAGUGACAGUCUUUUACAAUCCUACCAAUACCCCUCUGAAUGGAAAACCCGAAGUAUGGUUCAGAGGUUCAUUUAAUCGUUGGUCCCACCGUAAGGGUCCAUUGCCACCACAAAAAAUGUUGCCUGCAGAUGGUGGCAGCCAUGUGAAAGCCACUGUUAAGGUUCCGUUGGACGCAUAUAUGAUGGAUUUUGUAUUUUCUGAAUUGGAAGAUGGUGGGAUAUUUGACAAUAAGAAUGGCAUGGAUUACCAUAUACCUGUGACGGGUGGAAUAAUUAAGGAGCCACCAUUGCACAUUGUGCAUAUAGCUGUAGAAAUGGCCCCUAUUGCAAAGGUUGGAGGUCUUGGUGAUGUUGUGACUAGUUUAUCCCGUGCCAUUCAAGAUUUGAACCACAAUGUGGACAUUGUUCUUCCUAAAUAUGACUGUCUGAACCUCAGCAAUGUGGAAAAUUUUCACCAUCGACAAAAUUAUUUCUGGGGCGGAACAGAAAUAAAAGUCUGGUUCGGAAAAGUGGAAGGGCUCUCUGUUUACUUUUUGGAGCCUCAAAAUGGAUUGUUUUGGUCAGGUUGUAUAUAUGGUUGUGCAAAUGAUGGGGAGAGGUUUGCUUUCUUUUGUAAUGCUGCUCUUGAAUUCUUACUCCAAGGAGGAUUUCAUCCUGAUAUUAUCCAUUGCCAUGAUUGGUCUAGUGCACCAGUUGCUUGGUUAUUCAAGGAACAAUACAUGCACUAUGGCCUUACUAAAGCGCGGGUUGUCUUCACUAUUCACAAUUUAGAGUUCGGAGCGCAGCUUAUUGGGAAAGCAAUGUUGUUCUCGGACAAGGCUACAACUGUUAGUAAUUUCUCGUUAUUAAUUNCGGGAAAUCCUGUCAUUGCUCCCCAUCUCUACAAGUUUCAUGGCAUAGUGAAUGGAAUUGACCCUGACAUAUGGGACCCAUAUAAUGACAAGUUUAUUCCUGUAUCUUACACUUCCGAGAAUGUUGUUGAGGGAAAAAGGGCUGCUAAGGAAGCAUUACAACAGAGACUUGGCCUAAGUAGGUCUGAUCUUCCUUUAGUAGGAAUUAUCACUCGCCUAACUCAUCAAAAGGGUAUCCAUCUGAUCAAGCAUGCUAUCUGGCGAGCUCUAGAUCGGGGUGGACAGGUCGUGUUGCUUGGUUCAGCUCCUGAUCCACGCAUUCAAAAUGAUUUUGUGAAUUUAGCGAAUCAGUUGCACUCAUCUUAUGCAGACCGAGCUCGCCUUUAUUUGACUUAUGAUGAGCCUCUUUCGCACUUGAUUUAUGCUGGUGCAGAUAUGAUACUGGUCCCUUCAAUUUUUGAGCCAUGUGGUCUAACUCAGCUCACUGCAAUGAGAUAUGGUUCCGUUCCUGUUGUUCGAAAAACUGGAGGACUUCAUGACACAGUGUUUGAUGUCGAUCAUGAUAAAGAAAGAGCACAAGCAGCAGGGCUUGAACCAAAUGGAUUCAAUUUUGAAGGAGCAGAUCCAUCUGGUGUUGAUUAUGCUCUUAAUAGAGCAAUCUCUGCAUGGUAUAACGAUCGAAGUUGGUUCCAUUCAUUGUGCAAGAGAGUGAUGGAGCAAGACUGGUCUUGGAAUCGGCCUGCUCUCGACUACUUGGAGCUUUAUCAUGCAGCACGAAAAUGAAAAACCAGAUGAACAAUUGAAGAAGGGAGCAAUGUCAGGGCCAAUCUGCCUCAAACUCAACGUAAUGUACAGGUUUAGUUAUAAUUCUGGCUUUCAUCCCUCGUAUUUAAAAGAUACCUCUUUAUCACGUAGUGACUUGACUGCCUUUAUUAUUAGACCAAGGACUCAUUUUUUCUGUACAUUGGGAACAUAUUUCAGCUUUGACAUAAAUGCCAUCGCUUUAGUGAGCAGCAAUAUGUUCUGAUGUCCUCAAAAAAAAAAAAA